AUGCUCUCGUUCCCAGUCGCUAAAUGGCAGAAGCUCAAUCCAGCCGUAUCCAGAAGAAAGGAAAUUGCGCAAUUCAACUCAUGCGCGUCUCUGAUCGUACCGAGGCUAUAUCUUGCCGACUACCGCACCGCUAGUGAUGGUGACGAGUUGGGGAGACUGGGUAUAACACACAUCAUCUCCGUUAUCGACUUCGCACCUGUCUUCCCGGACUGCAUAGACAGAAAUAACAUAUUGCACAUACCUGUCGCGGACAAAUCAGAAGUCCGGAUCCUUCCCUUUCUCUCACAAACCACACAGUUCAUCCGGGACGCCUUGGAGCAGGAUGCCGCAAACAAAGUUUUGGUACAUUGCGUCCAGGGCAUAAGCAGGAGCGCAACAGUCGUGUGCGCUUAUUUGAUGGCGACGAAGAAUAUGUUGGCCCCAAAGUCAAUCCUCUAUGUCCAGGAGCGGCGUAAAAUAGUUUGCCCAAAUCUUGGCUUUCGCCUGCAACUGGAAGAAUACGAGGCUGACCUCAUUAAAGGAGGAGUAAUGUCAUCGAAGGGUGUGGCCAGCUCCUGGAGAUCGUUGAGUUCGAGUAUAUCCUCCCUGAUGUUGCGGACUGGAACAAAGGAUUGA